AACGCACACUUAGCUGUCCCAUUCAGAGACUGAGUUUCUGUCUGUUAAGUUUCAAAGAGAAUUGCUCACUUUAGGUCCUUAAAAUGUCCUACAUCCCAGGGCAACCCGUCACAGCCGUAGUGCAACGAAUCGAAAUCCAGAAAAUCCGUGACGGCGACAACCUGAUCUUGGGUUUCAGCAUUGGAGGGGGAAUAGACCAGGACCCCAGUCAAAAUCCCUUCUCAGAAGACAAAACGGACAAGGGUAUUUAUGUAACCAGAGUGUCUGAGGGGGGUCCAGCGGAAGUUGCAGGGUUGAGAAUCGGUGAUAAAAUAAUGCAGGUGAACGGUUGGGAUAUGACCAUGGUAACGCACGACCAGGCUCGGAAAAGGCUCACCAAGAAGAACGAAGACGUGGUCCGGCUACUGGUCACCCGCAAAUCCCUGGAAGAGGCCGUGCGCAAUUCCAUGAUGCAGCCGCGCUAAGCAGCAUUCCAGCAUUCGGGAAUGAACGUCAUUGCUCCGUACAGACAGUUGGGCAUUCCGGCAUGGAAGCAGAUUUAUUGAUCCGGUCGACAACCACACAUCACCACGGCUUUCUUUAUUGUUUGCUUGUUUUCUUUUUUGUUUUGUUUUGUUUUUUUGUUUUUUUUAAUCAUUAUCAGAUUGAUCAGAUCUUUCUCAAGUAUCACCUCCGAUGCCUUAAACAUCACUCUGGCAAAAUAUUCCCGUUUUUUUCACCUGUCAUUCCUAAAAUAGGAAGAAGUGCUCCUUGCAUUUGCCAAAUGAGAGGUCCAGAUCAUGAACAUGAGACACUUAAACUUAAAGACAUUCAGUUCCCUGUCAGUACAGUGAGCACUACAGUGUGGUUUUCACUACACAUAGGCUUUAAGCUGUUUUGAGACAUACAUGACACAUAACAUAAUGGUCCAAUCAGAAGUCAGCGUUCGUUGACCUUUCUGACCUUUACACACUCUAAUCCCACGCACUGCCUUUUCCCUCUCCUGGCUUCAGUUAGAAUGUGUUUCCAAGCAUGUUUUCCUAUAGUGACUGAAUGAAUGAGAAUGAACUUUUUUCUAUAUCAGAAUAGUGUGAUUAUUAUUACUUUUUUUUUUUUUUUUUUGCACAAAAUUUUAUAAUACAGUUUAUUAUUUUGUAGAACUUUCUUCAAGCCAAAGAACAUUGUCAAGGUCUGAGGAAACCGUUGACUUAAAGAACCAUUCACAUAAAGGAAAAAAAACCCAAAACAAAACAUCACUUGUCUGUAAUUCAUACAAAGCUCGUUCAGACAUUUAGAAACCUCACUCUGCAGGCUUCAGUUGCAUGGACGUCGCAUGGUUAGGAGAGGGAAACAGAAUGCAGCAAUAAGACACAAUAUGUAAAACAGUUUGUCUGCUGAUCAGUGUGUCUGUCCCUUUAGAUAGCCUUAGGUUUAGUCAGCAUGAGCUUAUGUUUUCCUCUCCAUUUUUCCGUUUCCGCUGUCUCCUGUGCCGGACGCAGCGUAAAUGGGAUUCUCAGCGGCGGACUGUGUGCUCAUUAGGAAAGACUUUGGUUGCUCCAGUUCAGUACUGGGAUUCCAAUGAAUUCGGUAGUUUUCUCAGUAGUAAAUCCAAGCAUCUGUUCUUUUCCCCUGUUCAACACUCGGAAUCAGGUAUGAUAUUUGUGAAUCUGUAGGACCAGUUUAAUUUGCAGACAAUAAGGGCUAACGCUAACUUUCUCUUUAUCCCGCUGUUUCGACAGACACUUCCUGUUUGAAUGUAAAUUUUUUUUUUAAAGGUAUUUUGAUCAGUGCCACACAAUGUUUAAUCAGUGUCAUCUUACCACACAUUUUACUCUAAUCAUUAAACCACUAUCUAGU